AGUCUACAUCUCCCCAGAAUAUGGCGCUGUUGAGUCAGUGAGUGCAUUACAACUAAUUGGCAGUGAAACAGCUCCUUCCCAAAGAUGCAGGAGGAAAGGGGUUGGAAAGAGGCUGCUCAGAGGAGGGCCUCACAGUUUCUGACUCGAAUAACUCCGAGACAGAGAUUCAGCAGUUACAGUGAGCCAGAGUCUGAAAACACAGAGGUCACAGUGGAGGCUUCCACCAAUGAUCCUGAUGAGUCUGCACAGAGAAGCAGAGCCGAGAGUCAGCAGACAACCCCAACAAACUCACCUGAAAUAGAUCAGCCAGACGUAAAAGAUAUGUCUGAGGUGUCAGAAGAAGAUUCUACAGCCACUUCAGUAGAGGAUCAUCUUGACUUCAUUGAUCUUCUCAGCGGUCAUGGCGAGGUGGAAUUAGAUGAGAAAUUCAUCGGACAUGCGGUGACAGAAAAAUCACACGUUCAUGAUGAGAUUAGGGUACACAAUCCAGGACCAGUGACCGCUGUCCUCAGAGAAACACAUUUUGAGCUCCAGAACCCUCCAGAUGCAGUAGAGCCUGCUGCCUUAUCUGGACCUUCUCUUGAACCCAGGCAGGACAUUAACAGUAGUCACACCAGCCCCAACACUACAGGACAACCCAGGAGUAUCAGCACCUUUCUGGGCCGCAUGUUCCAAAAGGACACUCCAAAAAAGCUCAUCCAAAUGACAGCAGAGUCAGUCACGGGCAAACUGGGCAAGAAAAGAGUUACUGAGCAUCAGGAGCUAAAGACGUCCCUGCCUGUGAGCCCCAUUAGCAACAAGGACCUGGAAGAGUUUCUGCAGUCUCUGGGGAUUGACCAAGUGGAAGAUUUACCCUCUGUUGUACAAGAUGAACCCCUGACUGAGGCUCAGACUAAUGCGUUUAGGACUGUGUUUGAGUGUUUUGAUAAGGACAGUCAGGGGUGUAUUGAUGCAGAAGCGUUGAGAUCUACUCUGGAAUCCGUAGGAAUCUCCAUCAGCUCAGAGGAAGUUCAGACCGCUCUGAAGAGGGCCGACUAUGAUGAGGAUGGAGUGGUGGGAUUUCACGACUUCCUGUCUGUGAUGACGGACUGCCAGCAGUUCUCCAAAUGUGUGGAAGCUGAGGGUGCAGACGGAGUGGAUUUGUCAGAAAAGGUGUUUUAUGUAGCUCUGGCUAAACUGUUGAACGCUGGAUCUCUGCCUCGCAGCACUGCAGGAGAGAUUGUACAGUUCUACCAUACGAAGAUUCUUCGUCUGAUUCGUCAGACAGCACGUCUGGAUGAUGAUAGCGGCCACAUUAUUACAUAUUAUUCCAGAGGGGCUCAUCUGCUCGGACUCAACUGCAAACAGCUGAUGAAGUACAUGAAGCCUCUGAAAGAGAAGAGCUCUCAAAAGAAGAGUCCUUAUCUAAAACACCCAAGUGUGAAAGUUGACUACACUCACAUGCACAUGUCUCUACACCACGGCGUGCUGACACCAGUGGGCCGAGUGAAGACCACCAAGACAUGGAAGACUGUUGAGAUCGAAGAUAGAUUACGAAAGCUGUCGAUCAAGCACCCUGGGAUGGAAACAAAGGAGAUGAUCACCCCAGUGCAGAUCAAGGUGAAUCUGACGCUGAAAGAAAGAGACCACCUCUCCUUUGAUCAGAUCAAGCAGAUUGAGUCCAUGUCUCAGUCGGGCCUGAAUCAGUACCUGAAAACGCUGGCUCUGUAUAAACGGCGUGACUUCUGGAACUCCUGGAGAUCUUUACAGACCUACUGCCGGAUGCAUCGCUGCAAACAUUUCCCACAAACCUUCAGCACAUAUUCCUGGUCCUGGAGCACCUGCCGCAACAUGAUUGAGGUCACUGAGCUGCUGCAGAGCAAAGAGUCUCCUGGCCAUGCCUUGGAAAAGCUUCCUCCCAUGCAAAAAAAAAGCACUCAGAGGUGA